UGCCCUGUAGCGCGCAUGCGUGACUACGUCCGUCUCCAUGGAUACGCCACGCCGACACGCUCCGCACCGGCGGCUGCGGCAGUCUGGAUCGAUGUGAUCGACAAUCUCCUCCUGCAGUCCUGGGUUCGGCGCUCGCACCGGUCACGUGGUUCCUUCAGGUCGCUAGGAGAGAGAGGUGUCAUGGCGGCGCGCAGUGUUGAUUCACGUGGCCUGUUCAGGGAAGCGACGAAGGCUGUUCUGGGCAGCUGGCCGGUGCUGCAGAUCGCGGUGGAGAAUGGAUUCGGCGGCUCUCACAGCCAGGAGAAGGCAGAGUGGAUGGUUGGGGCUAUUGACCAGUAUUUUAGCUCUAAUGCGGAUCUGGAGCAGUAUGAAGUGGAGGACUCCAUUAUGGGGAUGAUGAACGAUGAAUUUGACACAAUUGUAGAAGACGGGAGCCAAGCUUUGGUGGCUCAGCAGCUGUGUGUGUUAUUCUCUCAGUGCCGGCAGGGAGAAACUGCAGCGGUGCAAGCGAAAAUUGCACAACUGGCUCAAAAAAAGUACGACGUCCGAGCCAAGGUGCAAGAGGUGACACCCAGCGAUGAUGAGGAGGAGAGCAGUGAUGAUGAAGAAGAGGCAAUGGACUGUGAGAACACUCCAGGUUCCUCUUCGGCUGCUAGCUUGUCCGGGGCUCUUGGGCCCAGCUCGGCCCCAAAGAAAGAGGAAGAACCAGAGGAUGAUGGCUGGACUGUGGUGCGCCGAAAAAAGAAAUGAUCUGCUACGGGUGCUUCUCUGCUUCCCAGAAACAGACAGGUGCUGCCACCUAGUGGACAACUUGAGAACAACGGUGCCUUCACCUUAAGGGAGGCUGGAUUUGCAGCAACGUGACUGUUCCCUAUCACAAUCAAGGGAUUGCAAGCGCCGGGGGUACCUGUUUAGUAUUCACCUGCUAAUGUAAAUAUAUUAUUUAAUUGCUAAACCUCAAGGGUGUCUUCCAGUCUCCUGGGCUAUACAGAGGGGCCUGCUUCAGUUUGGACAAGUGAUUACAAAAGGGUUUUUAUGCUUCAGGGACUUGUGUGCCCAUUUAAAUGAGUGAAUUGCCAGCAGUGCUAAUUAUAAGCCAUUUACAUGUGGCUUUUGCUUGUGACUGUCAAGGAGCACAAAUGUAUUAUCUCUAUAAAAUAAAUAAUCAUUCUUAUAUA